GUCGCUCUGCGUGUGGGGGAGAUACUCUGGGAAGGGUGGAGAGUUUGGGCCCGUUCUCCCCCGAGGGGCAAGGUGCUGAGGGAUCGGCCAGGGCCCAUCCUGUGGCUGCUUGCUGUGGGAGGGUGGCGGCUGGCUCUUCCAGGUGUCUGACUGCUCGGGCGGUCUUAGCCUUUAGCCAGGAGGCUUCGCUUCCAAGCUUGUUCAGGCUGUUGGCCGAAUCUGUGUUUCUUGGGGUUGGUCCUCAGAAGUGCUGGCUGCCGGCCUGAGUGGCCCUUAGCUCUCCGAGGUCCUUCCACGUGGCCCUCAGAUCCUUCUCAGGCUUUUAAGGGCUCAUUUGAUUAGAUUGGGUCCACCAGGGUAAUUCACGUCCAUAACCUUAAUUCCCUCUGCAAAGUCCCUUUUGGUAUGUAGUGUAACAUAAGCACAAGUUCCAGGGAUUAGGAUAUGGACCUGGGGGAGAAGGGGGCGUUUAUUCUGUGUCCUGGUAAGCAAGAUUCCACGCAUAAUGAAGUGAGAAAAAUAAGGUGUGAAGCCAUAGCAUAGUUGGGUGUAGUUUAUCAUUUGAAGGCAAACGUAUGUGUAUAUAUUUGCUGUGUAAACCUAGAUUAAUCUGGAACGGUACACUAGAAACAAGGGAAACUGAGUGAAUCUUUGGGGGAUUUUUCACUAUAAAUUAUUUUUACCUUUUAAAUUUUGAGGUGACUAUGCCCCUAUUCAGAAAAAAUGAGACUUUAAAGUAUUUUUAAAUAAAAUGAACUAAAUAAAUAUUGCAGAUUAUUACAUCUCCCCUUGGAUUGGGAGAGGUUUCCCUCGAGGAAACUGGGCAUCAGCACUGUAAGGGCAGGCAGAUGCAGUCACUGAGGGCCUUGUCAACCCCAUCGCCUAUGUCUCCUCUGUUUCUGGUGCUGUAACUGCUUUGAAUCUCAUCUCCCACCAUUCUUCUGAGCACCCUGCCAAGUUAAUCUUGUGUUAGUUUUGUCUCUCCCGACAUGGAAAUGUGGCCAGUGCUUCACCUUCAUCUGGCAGCCAAGCUCCCUUACCAUCUGUCCCUAGUGACCAUUCCCUGUGAGCUCUGUUCGUAUCUCCUUGCCUUCUCCCUCAAGUUUUUCCCUACACUUGUCCUCUGACCUUUUCACCCAGACCACUAGUUGUGCAUUCCUCCUUGAUGGUGAUCUGAGUCCAGGAGCAUCACCCAGCCCUUCUUUCUUUCCCACAUAGCUUAUGGGUGACACCUACCAUCGCCUUGACUCCCUGCACCAUCCUUCUGCCUUCUUUCUUAAGAUCUCCUUUGCAGAUCCCCUUGAUCACACCCUCACUCUCAGCUGGUGCUCAUGAAGAACAGAGGAGUCAGUGUCAGUACUUGUGAGUGAAGGGCUGAGGUCCUAGUCAUGCCCAGCCUCAGAACUCGCCGUGAGGAGGCAGAGAUGGAGCUCUCAGCUCCAGGACCAUCCCCUUGGACCCCUGCAGCCCAGGCCCCUAUGAAUGAUGCUCCUGCUGUGACCCACCCUGGAUCUGCAGCCUGUGGUCCCCCCUGCUGUAGUGAUACUGAGCUGGAAGCCAUCUGCCCUCACUAUCAGCAGCCAGAUUGCAACACCAGGACUGAAGACAAGGAGUUUCUUCACAAGGAAGACUUUCAUGAAGAUAUGGAAUCACAGACAGAAAUAUCAGAAAACUGUGCUGAUGAUGUUUCCCAGGUGCCCGAGCUUGGAGAUCUGUGUGAUGAUGCAUCAGAAGGAGACUGGGGAGUCUCUGAAGGCAGGAGGCUGCCACAGUCCCUCUCCCAGGAGGGGGACUUCACACCAGCGGCCCUGGGGCUCCUUAGGGGUGCCUUAGAGGAGAAAGAUCUGGCCUGUAAUGGUUUUGACAGUUGCUUCAGUCUGAGCCCAAACCUGAUGUCAUGUCAGGAAAUCCCUACAGUAGAGAGGCCACAUCCGUAUGACAUGGAUGGCCAAAGUUUCCAGCACUGCGUGGACCUAACUGGUCAUGAGGGGGUUCCCACAGCUGAAAGUCCACUCAUAUGUAAUGAAUGUGGGAAAACCUUCCAAGGAAAUCCUGACCUUAUUCAGCAUCAAAUAUUCCACAUCGGAGAGGCUUCCUUUAUGUGCGAUGGUUGUGGGAAAACCUUCAGCCAGAACUCAGUUCUUAAAAGCUGUCAUCGAUCUCAUAUGAGUGAGAAAGCCUGCCAGUGCAGCGAAUGUGGGAAAGCCCUCCGAGGGUGCUCAGACUUUUCUAGGCAUCAGAGUCACCACAGCAGUGAGAGGCCUUAUAUGUGUAACGAAUGUGGAAAAGCCUUCAGCCAGAACUCAAGCCUUAAAAAGCACCAAAAGUCUCACAUGAGUGAGAAGCCCUAUGAAUGCAAUGAAUGUGGGAAGGCUUUCAGGCGGAGCUCAAACCUCAUCCAACAUCAAAGAAUCCAUUCUGGGGAGAAGCCGUAUGUGUGCAGUGAGUGUGGGAAGGCCUUCAGGCGAAGUUCAAACCUCAUCAAACACCACAGAACUCAUACAGGAGAGAAGCCUUUUGAGUGUGGCGAGUGCGGGAAAGCCUUCAGCCAGAGCGCACACCUGAGGAAGCACCAGAGGGUCCACACUGGAGAGAAGCCUUACGAGUGUAAUGAUUGUGGCAAGCCCUUCAGUCGGGUCUCCAACCUCAUUAAGCACCACAGGGUUCACACUGGAGAGAAACCCUAUAAGUGCAGCGACUGCGGGAAAGCAUUUAGUCAGAGCUCCAGCCUUAUUCAACACCGGAGAAUUCACACUGGAGAAAAGCCUCACGUGUGUACUGUGUGCGGAAAAGCCUUUAGUUACAGCUCAGUGCUCCGGAAGCACCAGAUCAUCCACACAGGAGAGAAGCCGUACAGAUGCAGUGUCUGUGGGAAGGCCUUCAGCCACAGCUCAGCCCUCAUUCAACACCAGGGCGUGCACACAGGUGACAAGCCCUAUGAGUGCCACGAGUGUGGGAAGACCUUUGGUCGCAGCUCCAACCUCAUCCUUCACCAGCGAGUCCACACUGGAGAGAAGCCCUAUGAAUGUACUGAAUGUGGAAAAACCUUCAGCCAGAGCUCAACCCUCAUUCAGCAUCAGAGGAUUCAUAAUGGGCUGAAGCCCCAUGAGUGUAGCCAGUGUGGCAAAGCCUUCAACCGAAGCUCCAAUCUCAUUCACCACCAGAAAGUUCAUACUGGGGAAAAACCCUACACCUGCGUUGAAUGCGGUAAGGGCUUCAGCCAGAGCUCACACCUCAUUCAGCAUCAGAUAAUCCACACUGGCGAGCGCCCCUACAAAUGCAGUGAGUGUGGGAAAGCCUUCAGCCAGCGUUCCGUCCUCAUCCAGCACCAGAGGAUCCACACUGGGGUGAAGCCCUACGACUGCGCUGCUUGUGGGAAAGCCUUCAGCCAGCGAUCAAAGUUGAUCAAACACCAGUUGAUUCACACCAGGGAGUAGCCUGUUCGGCUGGCAGGAGUGAAAUUGAGCAUAGUCUCCUCUCCAGCUCCGCUUUGGCCAUUGUCUCAGCCUCUGCCACUUCCCAGACCGAAAGCCUGCACUCAGCUCACUGCCCCACAUCCAGUGGCCACAUGGCCUGGAACCCUCCUUUGAAACAUCCGUUUCGGGCUCCCUUCUCACUGCCACUGCUCUUGCCUCUUGUGAUGUCUUGAGUUUGGGUUUGUUUUUACAGCUUGUGAACAGACUGCACGUUUGUUACAAGGGAGAAGAUUAUGGAGGCUACAUAUUCAUGAAUAGAGUUUAUUAUUGUAAUCAAAAGUUACCAAAAAAGUAAAGUGACAUUUGGUUUGAGAUAACCAUAGUAGUUUUUUUGAUUGGUAA